AAAAUAAAAUGGAGAGAUGAAAGGGGAGGGGGUGGGAGUCGCUUAUACGUCUCUCUUCUCUGUUUUCUUUUUGUUUCUCUUCUUCUUCUUCUUCCUCCUUGUUUGCUUAUCCUAGCAAACAUAGAAGGGAAGAGAGGAAUAUUGUGUUGUUGUGUGUAUAUCGUCCUCCACACCAGAACAGAACAGACCAGACCAGACCACUUUAUGUAAAUUUAAUUUGUGACAGACAGACCAGAGUACUUUAUGUAAAUUUCAUUUGUAUUGAAGAUGUUGGUUGCCAACAGUUUUGAUCUAUGGCAAAAGGACGCCUUCUUCUCUGCAGCCGAGGAGGUUCAACAAUCUGCAGAUAUAAUGGAAUCGGCGUACAGGACAUGGGUAAAAGAGAGGAGAGAAGGGCUAAGAGCUCGAGAUUUGGAUGAACUUUGUAGGGAGCUUCAAACCGCUUUGGGUACAGCAAAAUGGCAGUUGGAAGAGUUUGAAAGGGCUGUCAGAAUGAGCUACAGAAGCCAUUCUGAUGAUAUUACAACAGCCAGACAUACACAAUUUGUUGCUGCCAUUGAAAAUCAAAUUUCCCGUGUUGAAGCAGCUGUAAAAGAAUCUUUUUAUGAGGAAGGUAAGCAACCAUUUCGAUGGGUGAAUCUAGAUGAAGAAGAGUGUGACAGCCUGGCUGCAUUUCUCUCUGGAACUCUCUUAGCCUCCCAAGCCAAGCAAGCGCUUGGAAAUUCAACAAACGACUCUUUUCACGAGGCACAAUACAAAAGAGCUGCAGAUUUUAAUAUUAACACUGCUUACGAAAAGGAUAUACCUAAUCAAAAUGGGGGAUUUGAAGAUGUUGUUGCUACUGAAAAGGAUUCUAAGCUUGUCAUAAGAAUAGAAGCAGAAGAAAUUUCUCAAACAAGGGAUGAUAUGAGUUGUCAGGCUGAUAGAACAAAUGGUACAAGGAGAACAUGGAGUUCUCCAGAUUUUGGUGCUUGGAAGAUUGUAAUUGCCGAUGAAGAUGAACAAAAGAAAGCACUAUUGCAAAGUAUGGACGCCACACCCAAAGAGAAGGGGUCAAAAUCUGUCUUCUCUAAGCAAAGAUGUGGAGAUUAUCAUCUAGCAAAGCGAGGAGUAUUAAGUUACACCCAGUUGAGAGGGAUUAACUGGAUCAAUCAGAUCUUGGGAUGGUUUCGUGGAUAUCAGCGACAGCUACAGAGCCCGCUGCACUUGCAGAUUGGUCAUUCUCUCCAAUUUACACUUGCUUUGAUGCUAACUAUUUUUUUAAUUGUGCCUUUUGUACUCUAUUCAACUUGACAGCUAGUUGUGUUUUAUUGCUUGUGACUUGUGAGCAAGAUGAGAGGUAUUGGAGAAGUGUUUGUAAUGGGAGAACAGGAGGAAGGAGUUCUGCUUAUAACAGCGUCCCUGUUAGACUUUUCUGGUCUGGAAGUGGAUUGCCUCUCUUAGAUACAAGUAAUAUUUUCACACUAGAUACAAAAGCAUCCUUGUAAUGUUAAACACAUGCUCCCAAGAAAUUUGGUGCCAUGGACAAUCACAUUUAAAUGUAAGCUUCAAACUUGGUAAGAAAUUAUAUAUGAACUUCAGUGAUGACA